CACUCACCACCACCACUCUCUUUCACCAUUUUCGCCACCUUCUCUCUACACUCUCUUCUCGCUUUCUUCCCAAAUGGCAAUCGUUGAUGACGUGGAGAUGCGGAUAACAGAAUCACAAGCUGUUUCGAGUAGUUCCGAUGAUUGUAAAACCACUCCAGAUUUGGUCGACGGAUCCUCUCUUGUCGUCAGAACAACCACCGGUGUCCGAAUAUCAGCUCCAUCGGCUGAGACAAGCAUUGCCGAGACUGUUUCUGGUUCAAAGUCUGAACCUUUCGGUGUUGUGGUGACUUUACCGGGGAAAGACGAGGUAAGUGGUGAUGGUAAAGAGACUGUAGAGUCUGAUUCAUUUAGGGCGGCGGAUUUAGAUAAUAGGGUUAGUGAUAAAGAAGAAGAAGAGAUGAUUGUUGAGUUUAUAGAAAAGUCUGUGGUGGAAAUUGUUUCGAGUGCUUUAGGUGAUGAUUGUGAUGUGAAGGUAGAGGUAGUGGAAUCUGAAGUGUGUGUUGUUAAGAGAGAAGAAGAAGAAGGAGAAGAGAUGAUCGUUGAUUCGAAAGCGGAAGCUGUGGCUGAGACGGUUUCGAGAGGUUCUGAUUAUGAGUUUGUUAGUGUCGUGGUUAAGGAAGAGCCUGAUUUAGGUACAAGGUUGGAAGAAGAGGUGAUUGGAGUAAUACAAGGUGAGAAAAGUGAGAUUAAUGGGUUGUUGCAGGAAGAUGAGAAAGAGAAUGAUCUCUUUUCGUCUGGUGAUUCGGAUGGUUCUUCAGCCAAAAGAAGGAAAAUGGAGAUGGAACCAUCUGUUCCAUUUGGUCUCAGAAGCUGUAUCCUGGCGCCGACGCCCCUUCGAGUUGUGAAACCGGAGAAGUUGGAUAUCCCUGAAGUUAUUGAUCUGGAAUCGGAGAAUCUGAAUAGUGCAGUUAAACAAGAGAUGAGUUUUGCUCCUGUGAAGGUGGAACCUGUUGAGGAAAUGAAGGUGGAAGCUGUGAAGUUGAGUUUGCAAGUGAAAGACAUGAAAUUUAGUGGUGAGAAGAAAUCGGUGUAUGUCAAGAAGGAACCGGUUGAAGCAAGAAAGGUGAACGUGGAAGACGGGGAUUUUCCAGUGGAGAAAGAUUGGUAUUUGGUUGGGAGGUCACUUGUUACGGCUACUUCUACAAGCAAAGGAAGGAAAUUAGAAGACAACGAGAUUGUGAAUUUCACAUUUUCCUCUGUUCUCAAUUGGAAAAUCCCAAAUAUUGUUCGUUUCUCUACCAAAAGAUGUGGAGAGAUUGGUAGGCUUCCGAUGGAGUGGUCUAAUUGGGCUGUGUGCCUUUUGAGAUCUGGUGAGGUCAAAAUGCUUGGAAGAUGUGUAGCGGCACCAACGAUGCUUACAAUGAUGCAAGAAAUUAUGUUAUAUGUCAGUUUUUACAUUCACAGCUCGAUAUUCACUGAUGUAAGCAAAUCCACUUGGCGGAUUGGUUCUUCCCCAAAUGUUGAUUCUACGCUUCAUCCUCUUCUCCAGCUUUUUAAACACUUGACAAUUAAACCUUAUCAAAAGGCGGAGUUUACUCCUGAGGAACUUAACUCUCGUAAGCGUUCACUGAAUUUGGAGGAUGACUUUGAUGAAAGAGCAGCAUUGUUGGCGAUAGGGAAAAGAAGAAAAGGUUGUUUACAGUCUCUGGAGCAGAACAAAGAUGAAGAAGAUGCUCCUGAGUCAUUUACGAAUCGGAUUGUUGGCGAUGCAGAUAUAUAUAACCUAGAGGAAAUGGAAGCUCCAAGUACACUCACGUGUAACCUGAGACCGUACCAGAAACAAGCUCUCUACUGGAUGUCAGAAUCUGAAAAAGGAAUUGAUGUUGAAAAGGCAGCUGAAACUCUACAUCCUUGCUGGGAGGCUUAUCGAAUAUGUGACGAGAGGGCGCCUUCGAUAUAUGUGAACAUCUUCAGUGGUGAAGCAACAAUCCAGUUUCCAACAGCAACACAGAUGGCAAGAGGCGGAAUAUUGGCAGAUGCCAUGGGACUUGGAAAAACUGUGAUGACAAUAGCACUAAUACUUGCGCGACCAGGCCGAGGCAACCCAGAAAAUGUAGAUGACAUGGCAGCAGAUGUUAAUGCAGAUACUCGCAAGAGUAAGGAGAGUCAUACCGCAAUAAUAUCUGUGAAGGCAAAAGGAGGCACUCUUAUUAUUUGUCCCAUGGCAUUGUUAAGCCAAUGGAAGGACGAGCUUGAGACUCAUUCAAAGCCUGACACCGUGUCUGUAUUAGUUUACUAUGGAGGGGACAGGACACAUGAUGCGAAAGAAAUAGCGUGUCAUGACGUGGUCUUGACAACUUAUGGUGUCUUAACCUCGGCUUACAAGCAGGAUAGGGUGAACAGUAUCUUCCACAGGAUUGAUUGGUACAGGAUUGUUCUUGAUGAAGCUCACACAAUCAAAUCUUGGAAAACUCAAGCUGCUAAAGCUACAUUUGAGCUGUCCUCACAUUGCAGAUGGUGUCUCACUGGGACUCCCUUACAAAACAAACUCGAAGAUCUUUACAGUCUUCUAUGCUUCCUGCAUGUCGAACCAUGGUGCAAUUGGGCUUGGUGGAGUAAGUUGAUUCAGAAGCCUUAUGAAAAUGGUGAUCCACGAGGACUGAAGUUGAUCAAGGCAAUUCUGAGGCCAUUAAUGCUGAGAAGAACAAAGGAAACAAAGGACAAAGAAGGAAGUCUAAUCCUUGAACUUCCUCCAACCGAUGUCCAAGUCAUUGAAUGUGAACAAUCUGAAGCAGAACGGGACUUCUAUACCGCUCUUUUCAAGAGAUCCAAAGUCCAAUUUGACCAGUUUGUGGCACAAGGAAAAGUUCUGCACAACUAUGCAAACAUCCUCGAGCUCCUCCUCCGUCUACGCCAAUGUUGUAACCACCCUUUUCUAGUUAUGAGCCGAGCAGAUUCACAACAGUACGCUGACUUAGAUAGCCUUGGAAGGAGGUUUCUUGAUAACAACUCUGACUCUGUUUCCCAAAACGCUCCUUCUCGGGCAUAUAUCGAAGGAGUAAUCCAAGAUUUGCGCGAUGGAAAUAGCCAAGAGUGUCCAAUCUGUCUGGAGUCUGCAGAUGAUCCCAUUCUCACACCUUGUGCACAUAGAAUGUGCCGAGAAUGUCUCCUUUCUAGCUGGCGGUCUUCGUCUUGUGGUCAAUGCCCAAUUUGCAGGACAAUCCUGAAAAAAACCGAGCUGAUCUCAUGCCCGACGGAUAGUAUAUUCCGUGUUGAUGUGGUAAAAAACUGGAAGGAGUCUUCGAAGGUUACAGAGCUUCUCGAGUGCUUAGAGAAAAUCAAGAAAUCUGGUUCAGGCGAGAAGAGUAUUGUCUUUAGCCAGUGGACUUCAUUUUUGGAUCUUUUGGAGAUUCCACUGCGAAGAAAAGGAUUCGAGUUUCUUAGAUUCGAUGGGAAGCUAGCUCAGAAGGGAAGAGAAAAGGUUUUGAAAGAGUUCAAUGAAACCAAACAGAAAACAAUUCUGCUUAUGUCUCUGAAAGCUGGAGGAGUUGGUUUGAAUCUAACUGCAGCUUCAAGUGUCUUCUUAAUGGAUCCAUGGUGGAAUCCAGCGGUGGAAGAGCAAGCAAUCAUGAGAAUUCAUCGAAUCGGGCAGAAACGAACAGUUUGCGUCAGAAGAUUCAUUGUCAAGGGUACAGUGGAGGAACGGAUGCAGCAAGUUCAAGCGAGGAAGCAGCGGAUGAUCGCAGGAGCUUUGACCGAUGAAGAAGUCCGAUCUGCUAGACUUGAGGAGCUCAAAAUGUUGUUCCGAUGACUUGAGAGACGUAUUAGUCAUUAUUAGUUGUCUUUUUGUUUAUGUAAAUAAUGAUACAAGUUAUUUAUCUUAUCUCUGGUAAUGAGUUAUUAUUAGUUCUUAAACACGACUUAUGUGAUUGAAACUGUCUCUUUUA